GAAACGCACAACUGCGCAUGCGUUCGUGAAUCUCGUCUCGCGAGCAGUUCGUGGCCUAUUUGUGCAGUUUGCCAAAGCGUGUAAAAAAAGUACCUUUGUCUUUCUUGCAGGAUCGAAUUGCGUUCGGUUCGAUAUUGUCGCUUUGUCGGGCUUUGAUUUAGUUAUCGGUGUGUUUGCGUUUUGCAGCGUUUAAUGUUUUCUCGGGCUAGGUCUUUCAGAGAAGCACCGCCUUCGUGACCCUGAUGGCCACCGCAGUGCAAGCGUACGAGCAACCGCCAACUCAUAUUCCCUGGGAAAACAAAGCAUGGCCUGCAAAGCCACUGGUCUGAGGCCUUAUUUAUGAACGUGCAGCAAAGCAGAAAGCAGCAGCAAAGAAAUGGAGGGUGCUGUGCCUAUGGACCCGAGCCAAGCUUGGGAGAAUGCGCGUAAGGCCCUCGAGAAGGUGCAAACUAACACUGGCAAGUCCACCACAGGCAGUGAACAACAGGCUGCUCCUCCUGGCUAUGGCGGGGGCUUUGGCUUCGGAUUCUGGCCCGGGCAGCAGCAGCCACAGCAGGGAUGCAUGUAUCCUGGCUACAUGGGGUACAAUGGCUAUCCUCCCCAAGGACCCGGAGGUGCUAGCUAUGGCUUCUACCCACAAUUUAAUAUGUACGGCGGUGGCUACUUCCCGGCGUCAGCGUCGGUACCAUACCCCCAGCCCGGUGCAGGGCCAGCCGGUCAUACCGGUCCUCCGACCUCCAGUUCGUCGGCCGCUUCGGGUGCGCCGCCACCCCCUCCGGGAGAGCAGACCGCGGCGUCUUCUUCAGAGAAGGAGGGCGGCGGUGGUGCCUCCGAAGAGACACCUUCGGGUGGUACUCAGGCACAAACACAGCCGCAGCAGCAACAACCCCAGCCCCCCAUGGGAUUCGGCCCUCCGGGCCCCGCUCCUGGCUUCGGCCCCGGCUUUGGUGCUGGCUAUUGCCCUCCGGGUCCUGGCUACGGCUUCUACUACGGCUAUAAUGGCAUGGGGCCCAACGGUGACAUUGGACCACGUGGUCCCGCGCAGUUCGGCUCUGGCAUGCAGGGAAAGCAGGCUCCUGGUUCGGGCGGCGUCCGGUUCAACCUGUCCAAGCGCGGCAAGUUUGGUGGGCGUGGGGGCAACCGCGCCAACGCCUUCCAGCAGCAGCGCAUGGCACAGGGAAACAAUCAGCGGUCGGCCGCGGAUGCCACUCAGCGCCUCGAGGACUGCAUGGCCAACUUGACUCCACAUGGUGGGGACUGGCCUGAAAGCCUCAAGCGGUAUGCCAUGCGUGCGUUUGGCAAGUGCAAGUCUGAGCUGGACCGGGACCAGGUGGAGAUUGUGCUCAAAGGAAAGCUGACCAAGAUGUACCGCGACGGUGCCAUGUGGUCUAUCGACUGGGACAAGGAGCCGCUGCCCAGCAUCCACAGUGAGCGUUUGCAACAGGAGCAGCAGAAGGCCGGGCCGGGAGCAGGGAUCGGCACUUCGGGCCUAGAUGGGGCAAAUAAUAAAGGCGGCAGUGCGGGGAUCGGCCUGCCACCACUGGGUGGCGGUGCGGCCUCCUCUAAGUUGUCGAACCUGUCGUCCAAGGCCGGGGUGGGCUUUGGCCGGCGGCUCGGCGGUUUGAUGGCUGGGCGGCUGGGGCCCCAGACGACGCCUACGAGCGGCGCUGGCAGGCUCGCUUCGUCGGCCUCUUCCGCCGGCGGGGGAAGCGGCGGCGACUCUCCGCCCGGUUUUAUUCCACUGAAGAGUGGCGGCAGUCGCCGGGGCGGUGACUGGGGUCGAGGUUCUUCGUCGCGCAGGUCUCCGCGAUCUCGGUCUCGUUCACGCUCCAGGUCCAGGUCGUGGUCACCACGGCCACGCAGCCCGGCCCCGACCCACGUAACUCCGAGGGAUCGUCGGAAGAAGAGGCGUUCGAGCAGCUCCGUGGAGUCCAGCCCGAGCCCAGAGGUAACUCGCACGUCCAAAAAGGCUCUCAACUCUAGCGUCUCUUCCUAUACUCACGGGGGCAACAACAGCAAUGCCAAUGGUGGCAAAAAGAAGUCUGGCCAGGGCAACCGGAAGGCCAACAAGAAACAGAAGAAGCUGCUGCAGCAGCAACAAAUGAUUCAGUUUCAGGUGGAGGAGGACAUGGCGACAACGGAGAAGCUUCAGAAGCGUGCGGCGCGCUUUCAGUCAGAGAUCUCUGCAGGCAGGAAGAAGCGGCCCUUUUCGCUGGUGCUCAGCAUCAACGCUGGACCCAGCCUGGGGCCUUCCUCUGGCGACGGGGACGCCGACCUGGACUGGGAGUCGUUCCCCGUCGUGGGCACCUGCCAGGAACUCGAGAAGCAGUACCUCAGGCUAACCUCUGCUCCCGACCCAUCGACCAUCCGUCCAGUGGAGGUCCUCCGGGAGUCGCUGGACAUGGUCAAGGAGCAGUGGCUGCGGAAGCAGGACUACCACUACGCCUGCGACCAACUCAAAUCCAUCCGGCAGGACCUGACUGUCCAGUGCGUGCGGGACCCCUUUACCGUGCAGGUCUACGAGACCCACGCCCGCAUCGCACUCGAAAAGGGUGACCACGAGGAGUUCAAUCAGUGCCAGACGCAGCUGAAGACCCUGUACCAGGAUCUCCACUGUGGUAACCCGCUGGAGUUUCUCGGUUAUCGCAUCCUCUACAAUGUCUUCGCCAGGAACACGUUAGAGCUGAAGACUAUCCUGGCGCACCUGAGCUCAUCGGAGAAGACGGAUGAAGUGGUGAGGCAUGCGUUAGCGGUGUGUCAUGCGUGGAGCCUGGGUAACUAUGCGCGGUUUUUCAAGCUGUAUGAGCGACCGCCCAAGAUGUCGGGCUACCUGAUGGAUUGGUUCGCGGUGCGGGAGCGCCGCAAUGCGCUCAAGGCCAUGGUCAAGGCAUACCGUCCGGUUUUGCCGGUAGAGUAUAUUGAACGCACGUUGGGCUUCAGCGACCGCGAGGACGUGCUCGCGUUCCUGGCCGAGCUAAACGUGACCCUGGCCGAGGACGGCGCCAGCGUCGACUGCAAAGAGUCCCUUGCAGCCGUGCUUGCCGCCUGAGCUGCCGACACUGCGGUUGCUGUGGCGACGGUGGUGGCUGCGCCCUUUUUUCUUUACCCUCGCUCUCAACACCCUUUCCCACUGCCAACCUUUUUUCACUCAGCCACCGCGUUUGCCGAGGGAAGGGGUAGUGUGUAAAAAAAGUCGUGUGCUUCUUUCCGGCAAGGCCCUGGGAGAGCAAGUUCACCCGAGUGAGCACACAGCGUUUCAGACUGUGAAUAAGUGCAUUUCGUCCUCCCUUUCGAUGCCUACGCUUGCGGCAACCGUCGGCAACCCACGGGCCUGUCAGUCGGGGUGGGCCGGGCCGUUGGUGUGGUUUCCCAGAUGCGAGAAGAUGAGGAGGUGGUCUCUCCACCAGCAAUGGACAGUUGUGUUUCUGCCAUCUCGUUGGGGGGAGGAAAGAUGGGUGUUUACUCCGAAGCAGUCGCAGGGAAGAAGCGCGCAUUUCCUCGCCACCAGCCGCUAGUCGACGAGUUUCCGGUGCUUCUUUGAUCGUGCUCUGGUGUUGUGCGCCCCAUGAACUUUUUCUUUCCAUUUGGGCCGCAUCAUCCGCCAGAUGCAGUGUUUUCGUCUGGGGCCCUUCAUUUGGGGAAGGGGCAAAAUUGCAACUACGAGCUCACCUGCCGAGAAAUGCCACUCCGCCCUGGGAGGGGCCUAUAAAAAUUCGACAGGAAGCAUAGCGCCGGGUCUACCGCCCUUCACCAGUUUCUGGGUCAGGUCUGCUCCAGUCAGCGUUCAAGUCAUCAACAACUGGUAAUUGCUUUCGACCGCCGGGCCAGUCCUGGAAUCGCGUGUAUCAUCUCUUCAGCAACAACGGGCUCCAGCAGAUCACCAGGGAUGUCCAGUACACAGCCAGCCAGAAAUUUGCCCGCAGUCUUAGCUGCUGUCAUUUUCCCAGGAUUUCAUUGGUCACCUUAUUGUCCUUAGCCGUUCAAGUAAUACUAGGCUGGCAGAGGCUGCUGGGAAUUGUUGCCACGCCUUGUAUGCCACGGUUCAACGCUCGUUAUGUAAACCUAGUUGGAGUGGAAGCAGCUCUGCUCUUUUAGCUGGCCAAGACAAGAAAGCCGGUGUAGCUAGCUUUUGGUAAAUUUCAGCUUGUCGUGCAGCCAUUAUAUUUAGCCACACAGCUUUGCCAAGCAUGUCGUCAUUCUACCUGGCAAACACAGCUUCAUUAAACUUCUCAAGUCGAUGGCGCUUCCAGUAUAUUUUAGAUCUGUCGGCAGUCAAGAUCUUGAAGACCUUCACAAUGUUCAUUCUAACCUAUGCAGUAUAAGCACUGUUGCAAGCUGGAGCAAUUGUGCCAGACACUGAGCACUCAGUUUCUCGAGGAUCGGAAGGUGUUAUUUCUUAAAAAGUUUCACAAGUCUCGGCAGGCUGUGAGGCACUGGCUGCCCGGCUUCUGCAUAUCCCCAUAAGUCCAGUCAAGCACCAGGUUCUGCAAGCCAGCCGACAGUGUCGCCGAAACGCCGAUUUGUCAUCGAGCUGCUGCUGCUGCUCUUUGCACAGAUUUUCCAGAUGGAGUCCAUUGGGCGACAAGAUGCGGUGCCAGCAAGAUCCAGCUGCAUUCCGGGAAUGAAGGUUACCUUAAAGGUAAAGCAAGUCUUGUGGGUACCUGCCCUGAGCGGUGCCAGAGUUGAUGCAACGAAGAUAAAUCUUCAAAAGGUAACAAGUCUUCAGGCACCCAGGUGAUGCGGAAGUGGGUGCCGAGGACAUUUCCACGAAAUGCCUGCCCAGUCUUUUGUGUUGGCCUGUCGUAGGUUGUUUGUGGUUGAAGUCUGCUCGUCAAGGACAUUGAAGCAACCUAUCGUUUCAUUAAUGAAACGUGCAAUGUGUUCAUUAUGUACUUAAUUUAUGUAAAAGUGUAAGUAGCCAAUUAAAAAGCAGCAUAUGUAUAUAUGUGAAUGUGUACAUAUGUAAAUAAUAAAGCUAAAUUUGACUACCUUU